UAGCGUGAUGGUGCCGUUAGUCAGGAAACAUUCUACACAUUAGUAUAACAAUAACAUCCUUUUUUAAUCCUUUGACUGUCCUUAGAAUGCCUUUUAUCCAGUGGAUUGACCGUGGUUGAUGAUGAUUGUCCUUUACCUAUCGAGGAAUGCUUCACUCGGUUCCAGGAUUACUUUAUCAGGAGGGUCCUGAUAACAUGUGGGGAUGUUUUGGUCAGUUCCAUUAUUGCGUGGCUUCUUCACGUGGGAGGAAACCGGAGAGAGAGAGAGAGAGAAAUAAGUAUAACCCGUAAAAACAAAGUUUUUCACUAUAAAUCCUUUAUAUGCGUGGCGGCUAGAGUCCUCUCGUCCUCUGGCUUGAGAUGGCUGCCACCUAUGGGUCAGAUGAUUGUCUGCCAGUAUUAAGCAAUUGGUAAUUAAAUAUUUAAUUUGUUUUCCCUAAACAGUGUAAAAUUUAGGAAAAAAUGUUCACGAACAUUAAUUGUCUCGCACAACGAGUCUGUGUGCAAAAUGUCAGCUCGAUCGGAUCACGGGAAGUGGGUUAAAAAAACGACCGAAAGAUUUGCACGGUCGUAAGCAAGCAAGCACGCAAGCAAGCAAGCGAACUUAAUAUGAAGGAUUUAAAAAAACCCAGCCAUGCAUAUGACGGGGGAACCAAGCUCUGCACGCAUGGAUUCAAGAAUCUAUUGCUGUACCUCCAUCUCCUGGCAACCAUGUCGCAGCCCAAGCCUUCAACAUCUGGUAAUCACAGGCACUCUCCCAUUCAAAGUACUAACCUGGCUCAGUAAACAUUUGGCUUUCCCUGAUUCCAAGAGGCUGAUAUGGUUGGCCAAAUUCAGGGUAAUUUGGUCAAGGCUGUUUGCAGCUGCUCCACGAUGCACAUGCCAAUGACUAUAUAAUAUAUCUCUCUCCCAAGACAAGUCCACAAAUGUUUUAUAAGUUUAUACGGAUCAUCAUCAUUACAAUCAUCAUACCCGUGUGCUAAAGCAAUGAACACGGUUGUAGGGGGUACAUUCUUCUUCGAGUGUACGUGUAAAGUAUACGCCCAGGUUUAAGUUUGUGGGCCCUAUAGGUUAGGGAGUAGCACAACUGAUAUUGUUCAAUCCGCCAGAGAACCGGAGAAUAAUUCAGUUCUCGAUGUGGUCCAUUGUUUGGUUCAGCUGGCCGUGGUCACUGCACUGUGAUUCAUCUCUAAUUGUACAAUUGUGGAAGAGAAGCGGUUGAUGGAGCCACCACAGUUUUCUUGGCAGACCAGAGCCGUGCGGAGCAGUAGUGAGGCCCUCGAUGACGCUUUCAUCCUUUCCCGUUCCGAGACGUCUGCAAGUUGCAGGAGGAGGAAACACUUACAAGAGGAGCCAGAAAGGAAACUCUUGCCUCAUCAAGUGUCUGUGACCUUGCCGGCUGAGAGAACGCAUAAAGAGAAGGGGGAGAAGAGGGAGAGAGCGCGGGAGGGGGAGAGAGAGACGGAGCUGCUGUCGGAGAGGAGACAGCUGUGGAAGCAUUCGCUGUGGGCUGUUCCUUUAGUAGCAACAGCGGCGGCAGCAGCUUCACAAUGUCGCACGAGCAGAUUGGGUUUCUGCCCGAUGAUGGCUCCGUCACGGUUCCCGUCGUGGUCAUCGGCAACGGUCCGUCUGGAAUCUGCCUGUCAUACCUGCUCUCUGGAUACCGGCCAUACCUCUCGGAGGGAGCCCCUCCUCAUCCCAAUCACAUUCUGCAGAUGAAACUGGAGGAGAACUUGCACACGUCCAUAUUGGAGCAGGACCUGGAGUACCUGUGCGAGGGACUCGAGGGGCGCUCCGCCAACCCUGUGGCCCUCCUGCUCGACUCGCUGCUCCACCCGGACGCCGACUGCGGAGCCGACCUGCCCUCGCCGAUCCGCUGGGAGCCAGAGCCGCACCGCGCCAUCCCGCACGUGGUGCUCGGCAAGGGAGCACCGGGAGGCGCGUGGAACGCAAUGGACACGUCCAUGCAGACGCUAAGCCUCGGCAACUGGAUGGAGCUGCCGGAUUUGCCCUUCAAGGACUGGAUUCGAGAGCAACGCAGGCACCUGCGCAAUGACCGAGCAACGACGGCGGACGUGGCCCGCUACUACCGCCACUACGUCAAGUGCAAGGGCCUGCAGCAGAGCUUCGUGAGCGGCGUCACCGUCACCUCUGUGCACCGGCUGCGCGACCCCGAAUUUAUCCGCCCGUCAUCGUCGUCGUCCUCCCCGUCCGCGUCGCCCCUCCAUCCCUCGUCCGCGUCCUCCGCGAACGGCAUCGGCCCGGCGCGCUGGGAGGUGCGGGGCCACCACCUGGCGGUGAGCGGCGGCGGUGGAGGGCGGCUGCGGUGCUUCCGGCUGCGCGCCGCCGCCGUGGUGCUCGCAACGGGCGGCACGGACUCGCCGGCGCGGCUCGGCGUGCCCGGCGAGGGGCUGCCGUUCGUGCAGCACGCGCCGGCGGCUCUGGAGCGGGCGGUGGCCCGGGGCGAGGUGGGACGCGAGUCCGAGCCGCUGCUGGUGGUGGGUGCGGGGCUGACGGCGGCGGACGCGGUGCUGGCCGCGCGGCACCACGCGGCGCCCGUGCAGCACGCCUUCCGGCGCGCCGUCACCGACCCCGCGCUCAUCUUCAACCAGCUGCCCAAGAUGCUCUACCCGGAGUACCACAAGGUGCAUCACAUGAUGGGGGAGAGCGACACGUCCUACAAUGGAUACGCCAGCCUGCCCAGGCACCGUGUCCUCGAAUUCCGGCCCGACCGGAAGGUGCUCCUGCAGGGCCCGGCGGGCGAGCUGCGCGUGCUGCCCGUGUCGAUGGCGCUGGUCCUCAUCGGCUCCAACCCGGACCUAUCGUUUCUGGCGUGCGCGGGCCGCUCGCUCGCCAUGGACCCGUCGCGCGCCGUCAGCUGCCGCCACAACCCGCUCGACGUGCACCCGUUCACGUACGAGUGCGAGCGAGCGCCGCGCCGCGUCGACGGCUGGGCCCGCGGCGGCGACGACGGCGGCUACGGCGACGGAGGGGACGACGGUGAAGACGGAGGAGAGGACGGGGCGCAGGGGGUCGGCUGUGGCCUCUUUGCGGUGGGGCCGCUGGUCGGGGACAAUUUCGUUCGCUUCUGUCUCGGCGGCGCGCUGGGCGUCGUCGGCUGCCUGGAGAAGCGCUGGCUCCGCCGCUGACGCUCCUUCGCGACACUGGCCUAUCGCUGCUUCGCAACGGCUUUGCGACCUUGACAGGCUACCAAUGGGUGAAUCGCUUCACGGCAGGAUGGUGAAUCGGCGGCGAUAGGGGAGCGAAGCGUGUGUGUUUCGCAAUGAAGGGACGAAUCGCAUCCGGAGCAAACAAAGGAAAACAGAAAGCACUUAGAAAAGGUAUCCUCUUUCCGGAUAUUGUGAUGUGAUGAGUCGUGAAGGUGUGUGUUAAUUUGUCCGAUUAGACAGAUUGCCUUUAAAAGGAUUUCUAUCGGUGGUUCAACCUUCAAGGCGCGAGACAUUUCUCUUGUUGAAAUGCUCGUUUUGUUCGACGUGGUCACAAAAAUUGUCAGAUUUUGGGGACGGCUGGGGCUUGCAGAAAGAACGUUGCCUUCUGUCAGUGCCUGCGGGGGUGUGCGAGCGCGAGUAGGAAACGCCGAGUCUGUGGCAGGUUGCCACGAAUUCUUUUUUUUCCCUGCAGGAGCAGAUACAUUGCUGCCAAAACUGUCAUUUAGUCGCAGUCGGAGAGACACGAGGAACUUUUAUUGGAUUUUUACACGGUUGUAUGACAGUGCUUAAAAACUCGACGGUUUAAUCCCACCACGCCCUCCCCCACCUCCUCGUCUGUCGACUGGCCUCAUGACCAGAUGGCCAAUCAGCGACUAUAUUUUUACCGACAGAUAUCAACAGAUUCCUAAUAUGAUUACUGUCGUAAAAUAUAAUGUCCCAGUCUCUAUAAACUCCUAGAGGAAAACAAACUUGAAUUUGACUAUUUUACUACUGAUAGUGAACUUAAAAUUCAUUUUCAAACUACUUGUACUUGAUUGAUAAGUUAUGGGGUUUUUUCCAUUAAAUUUUGAUAUUAUAAUAGGUAAAAUUUUUGAUACAUUUUAUACUAAAGCACUUUUUUUUUACUAACAGCUGGCCUAACUAAUAAGCAUGCUAUGUUCCCUAGUUUUUUUUUGGAAGACUUAAGUAUAGCAUAUACAUGUGUAUAUGUGUUACAUUGUAUGCAUUGCAAAUGUGGCUGGAAAUAUUUGAAGAUACAUAAAGUGUUGAUUUAUAACAUAGUAGAAGGCAAAUGGUUAAUGAUUUUACCAUACCAUGUUGCCAGGGCUCUCACUGAAAACAAUGUGCCAAGGGGAUUUAUAUAAUUAACAUGCUUACAUUUACAGUACAUCAUGGCUUUUGACUUUAAUUUUAUAGAAAAAUACAACGCACAAUAUUGUGAUGAAAAUGUUCCAUUAACCGUUUAUCUGCUUGCUGCUGACAACGUACUGCUUGGCAGAACAUUACAAGGUGAACUAAAUUGACGGAUGAUAAAGCAAAGAGAGAGAAACGGAGUAGUAGCUUGAGGAUUAUUUCAUGUUGUGGCUUGUUUAAUCGCGAUGCGUUGACAUGAAUGUGUUUUGAUCUGAAUGAAGAUUUGCCUCCCGGAAUAUAUUUGAAGGUUUACCAACUAAAGAAAUAUUUUGGGGGUGGGGGGGGGGGUGUCUUGAAAACACAACGAGAUGUGCUCGUGCCAUUUCCCUCCGCUCGUUUGUAAAUUUGGGGUUACAACAAACGCAGAAAUACAAUGGCCGAUCUUUCUGCUUGCACUUAACACAGUUGCGCAUUACGAGGUGAUGUUCCAAGUUUAUUUCUUAAAGAAGCGUCCAACGGGGUGUUAAUAAAAUGGGCCACUCUUCAGAACAGCUGCAAGGUUUGCUUAGUGUGCAGCAGUGUUGCACAGGAGCAUGUUUUUUUGAAUACUUGACGUAGGGAACGUUCAAACCUUAUUUUCUGUUAUUUGUGCUUGUUCAGUGAGCGACAGCACUAAUGUCCACCGUCCUCCAACAUUUGGGCGCCACAGUGGCAAGAUGUUAACUCUCUCACCUGAUAUGCAGGAGGUCGUGGGUUCAAUCCCGACCCUGACGCCUGCUGUAUAUUUGGAGUUUGCGUGUCUCUCCCCGUGGUCACGUGGAUUUUUCUCCAGGUUGCUUCUGAAAAAGAGCUAUAUAGCUCGGUGGGCCUUACCUGGUAAAAUAAAAAAUACUUUUACUUACACCAUCUCUUGUAUACAAUUACAAGCAAGUGUAACGUCUGCACUGAUUAGUAGGGGUGUGACGAUCAUCCGCCCCUUGCGAUGUAAUCUACCAUCGCGAUUCUGUUCAAUAAUCUAUUCCGGUUUUAAAAUGCCGUGGUGAUUGAAGCAUUGUCGUAGCUGCAACUUACACGAUUGAUUUAAAAAAAAUGGCGACUAUUCCACACGUAAUUCGGUGCUUGCAUUCUUAUCUUGCGGAAUUAUUAUAAUAACGAUUAGAUGCCAACUGAACUAUCACAUCACAGGAUCAUGAGAUUUGUUGGCUCGGGAAUGCUUUUUUCCAGCAGUGGUUUCACCUUAGCCUAAAUCGAUCAUUGACAAAUCUGCUUUUUAUUACCUUUACAUAAUAGGUAUUUUCAGUUGUGAGUGGAUGGAUGAUGCUCUCAUUAAUGAUGCGAUACUGUAAUACAUCGGUUAACGAAGGAGAUGCGUUCCAUCAUAUCACUUUGUUAUCAGAAACUUCUUCACCAGAGGUAGAUAUAACAGCUCCGAUUAGCACGGUUGGCUACGUACGGUGCGAAAGAAGUUCAACAUGCAUACGUGGGGUUGCGUUCCAGGAGAAGGGUAGAACAACAAUAGUCUUCACUUUUUCUGCUUGGUUUAAAGUGGUCUUUUAAGGUGUACUGCGCCAACCCUAAUGAACGAGCCAUAUCGCUUGUCAUCUCUCCUGCCUCUGCCCUCCUUGUGAUCUGCAUUUUAGUUUCCAAAGAGAAUGGAUUUACGCUGCACCUUUUGCCCAGCAAGGCCACUAGCACUAGACGGUCGUUUAGAUGACAAAAUUGGGGGUAGUCAAAUUGUUUUACCACUGCAUAAAACACGAUCGCAUUUUACUAACAACACAAGGAGCUCGAGCAGUGGCGGGCAGGAGAGGGAAGACCGGGGGAAGCGCGCCGCUGAUUGGGCCAAGUGAGGGAAGAUUCGCGACGCUCUUUGCCGAUUGGCCACUAAACAAACUCCGCUUGGCCGUGGUGAGAGGGCGUGUGCAGCAUUUAAAUUAGUUUUACUCUUUUGAAUCGCUUUGCAUGAUUUCUGAAGGUAUUCAUUUUUUGUCGAUUUUUACAAAUAUAGGGGGCCGGAUAGGGGCCCUCCACGGUCAACUUCGUGAUAAAGAAGCUUCGUUCCCAGAGGCUUCGUUAACCGAGGUAUUACUGUACUGAUAUAAAACAAAGUUUGGCUGGCUGGCUGGCACACUGGGCUGGUAAGUGUGCGGUGGUAACCUCGCCGCUUACAUUUGUGUGGUGAUGUCACCCGCAUCCCACAGUGCUGGGCCGGGUUCCUUGCGUCGCGAUGAUGUCAUCAGGCCCCCCCCCCCCAACACCACCCUCGACCCCGGUUAUGUAUCUGGCACAAAUGCAUGGGCAGUGCGAGUUAAAUUAAAAAAAGGUAUACAUUCAAAGCAUUAAACAUGCUUUAUUAAUAUUUAUGUAAAGUGUGCACUUGUGCACAUGAUGUUGAGCAAUGAAAAUUGCACGUGGAGUUUUGUAAUGGUUCAGAUGAAUGUCGAUUAUGUAAUGACAUACCUGACGAAGGUUUUUCAAAUAUGUCUUUUAAGUGUAUUUUUAACCUGCACUGAUCAUGCUAGCUAGGCACUCUGUGUACCUGCACUGAAGAUAGCCAUAAAAACACAUGCCGUCGAAUAGAACAAUGUUACUCCACCUCGCCGUAUACUUUGGAAGACCACCCUUUCCACUUUGUGCUGAUGUUUCCAAUGUUCACCACACUUGCCAUAGGCAACGCCUCUCUCCUAAUUAUGUUGUUGAUCUUGAUACCAAGGUCACAAGGGAAACCUACCUUGGGGGAUUCCUUGGACCCAUAGUUUUGAAUUAAAACAACCAUUUACCAGCCCAAAUUCCACUAAAUUGUGUUGGUACUAUGUUUUAGGUAAUGGCGAGUGAAGACGCAAAGUUACAAAUGACAAUUGAAUGCAACGUUCCCACGCGCAAUUGGCCUUGAACGGGGGGACUCUCUUGUCAAACAUUGUGCUUUUUAACACGUAGCCUUUCGCGACCAAUAUUAUUCACAACAAAGGUUUUUUGGUUUAGGGGUACGACACAUUUAUACUUACGCGAUCUAACCCAAAAACCUUUAUUAUGAAAAUGAUUGUGCUGUCUGGCACUUUAAUAACUGUGACUCCGAAUUGAUAUAUUCAUGGGUUCUGGCCAGGUAUCUUGUGCAAAUUCAUGUUCUGGGGAUAGCUUAGUGCUGAAGCAUCAACACUAAUGCACCCAUAAUAUAGUUUUUUUUGGGUUAGACCACGUAAAUAUAAAUGUGUCAUUAAACCCGCCACCACCCGACUGUCGUGAAAGCCUACCACAUGUUAAAUUAAUGCACCCAGUCUUUACUUGAUCUGUCUCUUGCAUCUUAUCAAGCUGCAUGCACUAAAAACAUUCUAAACUUUCAAACUCCUUAACCGCGAUGGUUUUACAUUACCUAUGUUUUUUAAACUGUUUCAAGGGGCAUUUUGUAAAAGUGUGUAUACUUGUUAAUUUCCAUUACAGUUAAGUGACAAUACCAAAACGGUUAUUUUUUUACUUAAAACUUUCGUGACUGCACGAAUUAAUAUUCUUUGGUUAUUUUGGUAAAGUCACGUAGAUAUAAAAAAUAAGAAAUAAAGUUAAUAAAAAAAAUAGGCAGAGCGCCGUUGUUUUCUUAUCAACCUCCACCGUCAGCAGUGUGGGUGUGUGGAGCGAGGUGCAAUGAUUGCCUGGUGGCCCUUUGGUGUAGACCAGGGGUCGGCAACCAAAAUAACAAGAAGAGCCAUUUCUUUCCAAUUCGGUACAAAAUUCAGUAUUUCAAGAGCCGCAAUGCAUCUGAGUACAUACGUACUCAUCGUCAAGAAGC